CUAUGUGGAUAUACCCAGGCACCAUCGAGUACAGUUUGACAAGGCGUGUGCGUUUUUAUUGUUUGUUAUGGUUGUCUAACUAUUUAAUUUUCAAAUGAUUACUAUCUUCUUAUAAAGUUUUUAAGUUACUUAAUAACUUCACAGAAAUUUAGUUUGUUUUGUAAAAUUUUAUUAUAAAGGUUUAACAUUCUGAAGUUAAACGUUUUAGAUUGCUCGACGAUGUCGGGUGAUCACAAAACUGUUAUAAAAGGAAAUCCGUCGCAAUAUGUAAAAUUGAAUAUUGGAGGAACGCUAUACUAUACAACUAUCGGCACCCUGACUAAACAUGAUACUAUGUUAAGAGCAAUGUUUAGUGGGCGAAUGGAAGUCCUGACAGAUUCUGAAGGCUGGAUACUCAUGGACAGGUGCGGCAAGCACUUUGCGACGAUACUGAACUUCCUGCGGGACGGGAGCGUGCCCCUGCCGGAGAGCUCGCGGCAGGUGGCGGAGCUGCUGGCGGAGGCCAAGUACUACUGCAUGGCCGAGCUGGUGGAGUCGUGCGAGCAGGCGCUGCUGAGGAAGGAGCGCGAGGCGGAGCCCAUCUGCCGCGUUCCGCUCAUCACGUCGCAGCGCGAGGAGCAGCUCCUGCUCUCCUCCACCGCCAAGCCUGUGGUGAAACUGCUGAUAAAUCGUCACAAUAACAAGUAUUCUUACACAGGUACUUCUGAUGACAACUUGCUGAAAAACAUAGAGUUGUUCGACAAGUUGUCUCUGCGGUUUAGCGGUCGUGUUCUCUUCAUCAAAGAUGUAAUCGGUUCGAGCGAAAUUUGUUGUUGGGGGUUUUACGGCCAUGGGAAGAAAGUGGCAGAGGUGUGCUGUACGUCCAUCGUGUAUGCUACAGACAAGAAACACACGAAGGUGGAGUUCCCCGAGGCCAGGCUGUACGAGGAGACCCUGAACAUCCUGUUGUACGAGAACCGCACAGGCCCGGACCAGGAGCUGAUGCAGGCGACGUCGUCGCGGGGCGCUCUGAGCGGCAUGUCGUCGCACACCAGCGACGAGGAGGAGGAGAGGUCGGGGUUGGCACGCCUGCGCUCCAACAAGCAGACCAACCCCUGAGCCGCGCCGUGAAGGCCUGGUCGCAAGGCGUGCUGAGCGGCAUGUCGUCGCACAGCAGCGACUAGGAAGUGUUGGCAUGCCUGCGCUCCAACAGGCAUACCAGCCCCUGAGCCGCGCCGUGAAGGCCUGGUCGCAAGGCGCGCUGAGCGGCAUGUCGUCGCACAGCAGCGACUAGGAAGUGUUGGCACGCCUGCGCUCCAACAGGCAUACCAGCCCCUGAGCCGCGCCGUGAAGGCCUGGACGCAAGGCGCGCUGAGCGGCUUCGUGCCAUUUUGUUGAUGUGUUCGACUGAAUUUGAAGCCAACUAAAUGGGUGAUAAAUUUUUAUGAGUAAAACAGUUCAUGAAAAAAUUUGGAGUUUUUAUAAUUUAAGUUUUUUAUUAAUGAAUAAUAUAAACACUAAACUAAUGUGAUGGCCAAGCAUAAACAGUGAAAACUUACGAACAUAAUUAUGUGUUUUGAGCAGGUACUUCAGUUAUAUAAGUGUAUCAGUGUAUUUUAUGAGUUCAACAUGCUUCAAACAUUAUGCUUGUACAAAAUUUUCUUGAAAAUGUUUUGAAAAAAAAAUUUUGUUAAAACAUUUUUCAGAGCUGCACUCAGUUGUUCUAGUAAAUGUGAUAAUUAUAUUUGUUUUAUGUGCUGCAUUAAUUAUGGGCCUAUUAAUAGCCUACCUAGCUCAUAGUUUCAGUGGGAAAAUACAUGUUAUUUUAUGUGUGAGAAAGGCCUAACUUAUUAGAUCCUCAGAUUGUGCAACUAUUUAUCAGUAUUUUUAAAUGGCCAUGUAAAUGAAAAAAGGUGAAUAAGGAGGUUAUAACUAGGGUUUUGGGAAUGCUGCUUUUCUUAAAUGGCACAAUAGUUAAAGAACUUCCAUGUAACUGAGACAAAAACCAAUUUUCUUCAUUCACCUCUAAAUGAAAAUAUUAUCAGUACUGUAAAAAUUGAAAUUUUUCUUAAGGAGUAUAAAAUAAUUAGUAUUAUAGGUUAAUUACUUAUCGAAUUGAACAAACACUAUUAGAAAAAUUUGUCAAAAAAAAUUGAAAAGUAUUAAACUUGACAAUACAUCUCUGUAAUAUCAGGGUCAUUAGAAACAAUGAGGAAUGAUUGAUUGAAAUGGAGCAUCGAGUAAUGAUUGUGGAGGGGGGGGGAUGCGAGCGUCCGAGGGAAACCCAUCAACUGAUUAGAAUAUCAUCUGGACGUCCUCCGUGCUACCAAGGGGGCUCAUUUGUGGACUACUUAAGUGGCAAAAAAAACUUUCAGGGUUUUGCUUUGAUCUACCAAAGAUCACAUGUAUUUAGCUCAAUAAUUUUUCAAGCUACAAUAUUUCAAAACCCCAGCUGACUUUAGAGAGACAUUGUAUAAUUCACUCAGCUGGGAUGAUAAAUAUUUAUGUCUCUCUAUGUCAUCCAUCUCUCUGGCUUCCAUUGCACUUAUUGCAUAGCACUGCACUGAGGCAAGAAGUGCGGGAUGACGUAAUGCUCAACAACAGUUCUGUCGUGACAGCAACAGCUGUGAAAGUGAUAGUUUAUUGUUCCAUCAGACAAGUUGGACUUUCAUGCUUUCUCUAAAGUUGUUUCAUUUAAAUGUAAAUAAAGAUAUAGGGAUUCUUAAGUUUGCUAGAAUAAACUGUUUGUAUUUUAAGUAAACUACUAAAGGAUAAAGCAUAUAAAAAAUUUAAAAAAAAAAUUGUAAAGCUUUCCUUGUAACAACCCCACCCUUCCCUCUUCCCCCUUCCACCUCCUUUCUUUAAAGAAUAUUUCUGAAUACAUGUAAGCGAAACAAACCUGUAAACGAACUGGUGUUUUGUUGCAUGCUUGGCAAUCCGCGUUGGUUGUUUCGUUGUUAAAUGAGCUCUCAAGGCGUGAUAGUGAUUCCAGUCGAGAAGACACGAGAUAUUAAAAUACUCUUCCUGCUCAAGUGUUUGUUGUACUGGAUACAUUUUACUAGCAUUGUGAAUCAUGUGAAUUAUUCAUUCUUUUUAAUGACAAUGGUUUUUUGUAGAUUAUAUUUUAGGCACUGCAUUUAUGUUAACUGUACGUAAACAUAGAUGUGCAUUUUUAAAACAGGCCUUUUUUUUUUAUUACUACAAGCAAUUUGUGUAACCUAGUAUGUUUCUGUUUUCAAUGUUACUCAAUAGUAUUAAAAUAAAUAGUAUAAGAAAAACAUUAAUGCCUAAAUAAGAGUAGUAUUAAAAUGUUAUUUCUGUGUUUGUUAAAGGAAUGCUCCCAAACUAACUUGAUCGAGACCUGGGUUAUGAUAUGGAGCCUAAUGUUCACGUUCACACCAAUUCUUUCCAUGGUCCGAACAGUUUCGAUGUUCACUGAAGUUUGUUACUCACAUCUUCUGUAACACCCAAGCAUUCAAUAUUGUUCAGUAUUCACUUGAAAUGGAAAACAAAUUAGUGUAGGAAAUGUCACAGGAUCAAGUUCUAGCUAGUAUCAAGGAGAUAGUAGGAUGGCAAUAACAGAAUCGGAGCAGUCUCUUUUCGAAAACAGUCUCGGUUUUGCUAUUAAAGUAUGGCACAAUUUACAUCACUAUAUUUACUUAUCGGGUAAUUUUACUACGAUUUCACACCUAAACAUUAACAAGAAAAUAAAUAUAUAUUAUUUUACACUUGGCUACUCUAACUUAAAAUUACAGGAAAACUUUUUGUUUAAAUGUGAUGGGUUUUUACAAAAUGAUUAUAAAACAUGUUAGGAAGUAUUUUAAUACAUUAAAAAAAAAUUUUUUAUUUUUUUUUUUGGAAAUGUAUACAUUAUUUAACAUUUGCCCUACCUUUGAAUUGGUAAUUCACAACCAAUCAUUAAAAUUAUUUUAAAGUAUUUUAAAUAUAGCUAACCUAACCUACCAAACCAUACUCUCUUCUUAAGUAUUUUAAAUGUAUCUAACCUAAUCAAUUGUCCACUGUUAAAAGUAUUUUUAAUGUAGUUAACCUAACUGUCCAUUCUCACAAUUGUUUCAGAUAUAUCAGAAAAGUGACUUUCCUUCAGAAUUACCAUUGUUUUAACCAAAAAACAUAAAACUUUUAACCAAAUUCAGCACAUAUGCCAUAUGGAAUUUAAAAUUCAAAUUCUCAAUGCCUGACGUGUUGAUUUUAAGUCAACAGAGGAAAAACUGAACAUGCACGAAUGCGACAUAGGAAUUGACUGGAGUGAAUCUUAGGUUUCUCAAAAAAUUCAUUGUAGGUUAGCAUACCUAAACGGAUCAUGAAUUUCAUUUAGAAGGCAGUUGUGCCCGCCUUGAAAACACUUCAUUGGCUGCAACUGAGACAGUGAAGUGUGUGUCAAAUUUUUGUCUUCAUCAGGCCCUGUCUUACAGUCUCAGCAAGAGUUCAGUUGUGGCUUGGGCGAAUCUGACCUCAACUGGUUCUUGGAAGCAAUGUUCUCCUGUUAGAAGUGACUCUUACACAUAUUCUUCUCCAUAACUUCUUUAAAAUCAAUAACGAUAUGUUUCCCGUAAGCUAGCCACAGCGGGUUGGCACCUCCAGUGAGGUUCGAAGGUGGUUGAAGAUGUGUCUGAUGUUUCCUCUCCAAACAAUAUUGAUUUAUUAGCUCUGGAAAAAAAGUUGAAAGAGAGUAUGUUAUUUUUUUUGUAAUGAUCUAAUGAUGCUGUCGUAGGAAACAUAAAAAAGUGUUAUGCACUUAUUUUUAGAAUGUCUGAUCAGAACAUAUGGAAUUUCGAAAGUCAGGAUUCCACCCAUAGUAACGCUGUGCUUGCAUGCGUUUGGGCAGGGUAGGCUUGGUGCAGGCACAAGAAAUACAAGAUGAUACGGAAAUGUAAGAAAAACCUCUUCGUUAGCUUUUUUGUAACUGCAGAGAAUAACUUGAUGAAAAUAUUAUACUAAAUUUAUAGUGAAAAUCAUUCCCCAACAUCCAAGUCUUCCACAAAAGGAUUUUAAUGCAUUAUAGUUAGUGUAAAUAGCAAGCCUAGGAGGAAAGGUGUAAAAUAAUCUGUUCCAUUGAAAUAUGAAGUGAAUGUUGGCUACAAGUGCUGUUUAUUUAUUUUGUUGUAUUUUCCUUUGUUUCAAAUUGUUUGUUCUAUCACAAAUCAUAGUAAAGUAGUAUUCAUAUGUUGUGCCUGAUUCAUUUUGUUGUUUUACUUGUGUUAAUUUGACUGAUUAGCUUUGCAACAUGCAUUCAGUUCCUAUAAAUGUAUAAUGCAAUAAUACUAGAAGUACCUAGUUUUUGUUGCUCAUUAUUGAAAUAAUUUGUAUUAAAUUAAAAAAAAAAAUUGUUUAUCAAUCUUGAUAUGGUAAGUAAUUGUUAUUAAGCUAGGUGUGUGAGCAAACCUAGUUAUCAAUUGUGAUUAAAUAUAAUGUUCUCUGUAUUGUCUUAGUUGCUGUUAGGAUAAAGUGUAUUUGAAAUUGUGUGUGAGAAUGUUAAGUAUGUUUGGUGGAUAAUGAGUAUGUUAUACAGUUUCUUAAAGGCCAAGCUUAUUGAUUGCGUGAGAACUGUGGUAGCAUUAGGAUUUGACAUGCAUCAGAUACAAGCUAAACUCUGUGUUUAUACAAUUUGACACAAGACAUCACCAACCCAAAGCCAAUGUUAAAAAAUUAUUUUGUGGGAUUUAUUUUUUUUAGUGUCAUGUUGAUAUGUAUAUGGACAUUCCUUAAAAAUUGUAGUCUUCUUUACAUAUUACAUUAAUUUUAUGAUUGUGUUCUCCUAAAAUCUUUCCAGAAUGCAUUACUUCAAAGAAAGAAGCUUCUGAAUGUUGGUAAACUAUUGUGUUGGUUCAUGUGUAUUUUGUGUAUUCUUGCGCGGUUUAUAAAUUUGGCCUAAUAGCUAUCUGAGAAUUUCAUUAUGUUGUUGUGGUGUAGUAAGUGUGCUUAAUGGGUAUAUAUAUUCAGUUGUAAGUUCAGAUGUAAACAGGGUGUGUAUUUUUAAAUACUAAGUAAAAGUUACUGAAGUAGUAAUGUAUUUUCGGUAUUGAACUGUAUGAAAUGUAAGUAAUUUGGUUUAGAAUAAGAGCAAUAAAGUGCACUGUGUAAGAGGUAUA